CAGCCUAUGUUUUCAGAAGGAAUUCAAGCGGAGGUACAAUAUUAAAAGGGAAUAAUCAGGACAAACAUUAACAUGGCAAGCAUGGCUGUUCAGUUACUUGGCUUCUUCCUCAGUCUGUUUGGUCUAAUGGGAACAUUAAUUGCUACUAUAUUGCCUCACUGGUGGAGAGAGCACGUGGGCACCAAUAUUAUAACAGCAGUUGCAUAUAUGAAGGGGCUGUGGAUGGAGUGUGUCUGGCAUAGCACUGGCAUUUAUCAGUGCCAGGUCCACUGAUCUCAGCUUGCACUACCUCGUGACCUCCAAGCUGCCCGUGCCAUGAUGGUGGUUUCUUGUGUUCUUUCCACACUGGGAUGUGUGGUGGCUGUCAUUGGCAUGAAGUGCACUCGGUGUGCCAAAGAGGCCUCUGUCAAAAACUCUGUUGCAGUCUGCGGAGGAAUCUUUUUUAUACUGGCUGGUCUUAUAUGCUUGGUACCCAUUUCUUGGAAAACCAAUGAUGUAGUCACAGAUUUCUAUAACCCCAUGCUACCACAUGGAAUGAAGCAUGAGAUAGGGCAAGCUCUUUACCUUGGCUUUGUCUCUGCAUCUUUGACUAUACUUGGUGGAACUCUACUUUGUAUAUCAUGCCAAGAUAGUGAGAACAACAUCCCUUAUCAGCCACAACCACGAGGUGCCACAGGGGGUGUUCCCUUAUAUAGACCACCAACUGCCUACAAGGGAAACCAUGCUUCUUCCCUGACAUCUGCUUCACAUAGUGGCUACAGAUUAAAUGACUAUGUGUGAGUUCCCCAAGACGUGCUUGUGUGCCACAGCUGCUUUAUCAUUUGUCUGCAUGUCAUAAAACAAAACAAAAGACUACAUUUAAUUUAUGAGAGUUUUGUUGCAACGUUUACCAUUGUUCUAUUUUUAUGCAAAGAAAGAAUGUGAACAUAAAAUAGUUUGCUUCCAAAUGGGGAGUGGAUGGUUGGGGGGAGUGGGAGGGGGCAGGGGUGGAAUUUGUAAUAGUCCAAAGACUCCAAACAUCUGCCUAUGUGAAGUCAAAGUACUUUAGUUUGGGAUGUGGCCAGAAAUCUGAUUAAAAGCAAUGUUUUUAGUUACGUUUAAAUUUCCACAAAUAUUAAGGGGUUAACAGUACAGCUGGCCAGAUUUUUUUUCAGAAUGAUAUUCCAUUCUAUCUAAAUUGAAAGGCUUCAUGGGAACAUGUUAAUUUCAAUUAAUUGCUUCUUUUUCUUCUUUCUCACUUCCAUUUAAGCAAUGUUAAAAUAUUUCAUUUUGAUAAGGUAAAA